UUGUCAAUAAGCAUAUACAACUCACUUCCUCUGCGGAUCAAGUUCUUCUUCUUUACAGACGGAACUUCUGGCGACUCGGACAUCCGCGUCCAGUUCAACGACAAGGAGUCUUGUAGCUACCUUGCCCGCGAUGCAGAGCGUUACCCCAAUAAGCCCACCUUAUGGAUUAAUCGGUCGACGACAAUAAAAUCGGCGGAAAAAAGAAGGCAGUGGCUCCAGCGCACAAUAUUGCAUGAGUUUGGUCAUGCGUUGGGCAUGGAGCACGAACACGGACAUCCAGACUGUCGUGCCGACUGGAACUGGAGGGUCCUACAGGCAAAGACAGGAUGGACUGCGGAAAAGGUGCAGCAUAAUUACAAGAAACAUCAGUCCCCACGAAUAAAGCUCGCACCGUACGACAAACACUCCAUCAUGCAUUACCGGAUAGAGAUUGGAGACACGAAUAACAAAAUCCAGCCCGUACCGCUGAACAGUGUCCUGUCGGAUGGAGACAAGAAAUUCUUGAUGGCCCUCUAUCCUCUCCCGAUAGCCUCGAAGCCAACACCAAAGCCAACACGAAAACCGGUCGUUGCCCCGACGAGGAAACCAGAGGUAGCACCGACACCCGCCAAGCCAGCAGUGGUCACAACGAGCAAACCAGUCCAGAAACCGACACCCGGCACAAGUCUGGUCAUCGUCCCAGAAACCAAACCCCAGACAAACGUCACCGGCAACCGCCAGGUUUCAGGGACCGUGGGAACAGUCAGCACAGUUACGCAGCCUCUCACAUCUUACACACACAGCGUUAGCUACCACGGCCAGGGACCAAGCGCCUCAGUUGUUGUCAAUAAUGGCGGCCAAAGACAAAACACCUCGAUUGUUGUCAAUUGUCAAGGGCCAGGUGCAUCGGUUCAAGUUGUCAAUGGCAACUGCAGCAUACAGGUGACUUCGGGUCAGGCCGCGUGGCCACCUGCACCUGUGGUGAAUCGCAUGCAUGUUCAAAGCUGCUGCUGUUGUUGUUCUUGCAAUGGGUUUUAUGGAGGCGGCAUGGUCACUGUGCCAAUGGUGCCAGUGGUGCCAGUGAUGCCAGUGAUGCCAGUGAUGCCAGUGAUGCCAGUGAUGCCAGUGAUGCCAGUGAUGCCAGUGAUGCCAGUGAUGCCAGUGAUGCCAGUGAUGCCAGUGAUGCCCAUGGUAUAUGGCAAUGUUUUGCAUUAUGCUGGCCAUUAA